GAAACCGUGGGUUAUGUUGUGGGGGGAAAAAUGUGAAAAGUGUGGAAAAAAGGGCGACUGUAGCAUUUGCAGAACAAAUGAACACCCCUAAAUCUGUUGAAUUAGGAGUAGAAAAGAAGUAUAGUUCUUCCAACGACAAAUCCCUAACUCUGUUGAAUUAG